AUGCUUCCGACUGCUGCUCGCCGGAGCUUUGUGCCCCGCCUUCGCUUCGACGUAUCCGACUCCAUCCCCCGUUCUUACUACCUCGGCCACCACCAUGCUGCCCUCCGCGAUAUCACCACUCGUCUUUCAGAAGUAGGCCUCGUUCUUGAGUGCCGCGACUACCGUGUCCCCAUUACAAGCUGGAACCCGAUCCUCGACCGCGCCAUCGCCGGCCGCGAGCGCAUCGUCGUUUACACCCAUCGCGAUCUGGGUACCGACAGCCCACAAUCCGUAGAACAGGCCCUACGCCGUUUCCACCGCGGACAGACCGCCGCGGGGGGGUCUCCACAGCGAGUCGUCUUCUGGCGCAAAGAUGACGGGGCGAGUACGAAAGGCCUGUUGGCUGAGAUACGGAACGUCGCGCGUGGCGUGGACAGCUUAACGGGCAUGCGCGCGCUGGUCGUGGGCAUGCCCAACGUUGGCAAGAGCACGCUGCUCAACAAGCUCCGUAAGCAUGGCAUGCAAAAGAAGCCUCAGGUGGCUAAGGUCGGCGCACAGCCUGGAGUCACACGCAAGUUGUCUUCACCUGUGCGCAUUCUUGAAUCUGAGGCUGAAGGCGGGACGGGGCUUGGCGAAGGCGUCUUUGUUCUCGACACCCCUGGAGUGUUCAUGCCUUACGUAUCCGAGGCUGAGAGCAUGGUAAAGCUUGCACUAGCAGGGUCCGUCAAGGAUGACCGAAUUCCCAUGGUGAUCCUAGCAGACUACCUUCUCUACCGACUAAACCUCUUGGAUCCCAGCGCCUAUGCCAAGUACUGCGAACCCACGAACGAAGUUAACCAAUUUCUCGACGGUGUAGCGAACAAAACGGGCAAGCUCAAGAGCGGGGGCGAAGCAAAUGCCGAGAGCGCUGCUGACUGGAUUAUCAAGCAAUGGAGAGUCGGUCAACUGGGGAAGUUUGUCCUCGAUGACGUCAAUGACGACGCCUUUAGGGAAAAAGAGCUUGAGAAGGAGGGACAGGGGGCGCUGAGCAUGAAUCAGGCGAGGAAGAGGGAGAAGGAAGCCAGAAAGGAGAGAGCUUUGAACAAGAGCAAGAUGAUUUGA